UUAGUUAGCCUUUAGCGUUCCCGAGGGAUUCAGCCGAUCAAAGUUCUCCAGCCAGCGACCAAACAAACAUCGCAUAGAUUCGCGUUUCGGUUAAACAGGUGAAAAGUAAAAUUAAAAGAAUGGUGGUGUUGGACGAUUUCAAGGAAAACUUUAUUAUGGAAGUGGCAGUAGACGAUGUUGAAAGUAGACUCAGAGAUGAAGAACGUAAGAAAACUGGACGCUAUCUUGCAGUGGGUGUGGUACUGUUCAUCGUUGCCAUUGGUCUAUACCACGCUAUCUCCAGCAGGUCCACGCAAGUUUCGGCAUUACUCGGAGCGACCAUGAUCAUGUUUUUAUAUUUACUGUGGUUAAUAUAUGCAUCUCAAAGGAGAAAACUAGCUGUUAAGAAAACCGAAGAAACCAUCGAAAGACAAGUCACGGACGUUCUGGAAAACCUGAACAACAUGAAAAAGAUCCAGAACUCGUGCGGCUCUCACGAGAAUCAAGUCUAUGCCAGUAGCGAGGACGAAUUGGAGCGAGUUCCUUUACAGAAGAAAGAAAAACUGACCAACGAGGAGCCAGGCCCCGACAAGAGAAAAACUUUUGAAGAGAAUGUCAGAGACUAUUCGUUUCACAUACCUCCACCCCACACGAUAUCCACAGGACCAAACAUCUAUAUCCGAACAUAUUCCAUCGGAUAAUUUGACGGAUUUACGGAAUUUAAAUACGGCGAGCGCUCCUAAAAUACGGUAAUUGCGUAGAUUAAAUGAAGUUUAUGACAAGAGGAAGAUUUACGAGUUAUUCGAAUCCGAGCAGUUAUGAAAAACAUCAAGCAGGUUAAGAAAACAAUCUAGUGUAAUUCGUUUUUUAUGGUUUUUACGUCAUAAAGUUUUCAGCGAAUUUCUGAAAUUAAUUAAUGUUCGAGUUUUCAACGAGUUUCAUUUGGAAAUAUGAAAAAUAAAGUUGGAGAUUUACUA